CUCAUAUUUUUGAAUUUUUUUAUUCAAUUUUCCCAUUUCCUCAUAAAAUUAAGUUCCUCUAUAAUGUCUUGGGUCGAAGCCCAUUACAUAGCCCAAACAAUGAUAUUUAGGCCCACAUAGGCCCAAAUAGUAGGGGACCGGCCCAAGACAUUGACGCGACGAGAACCAAAGUUCGGAAGAGAAGAACCAGAAACUCAGGUCUCCUCUCUCUCUCUCUCCAAAUUUAGUAUUUUGAUUUUGACACAAAAAUCAUCAAAUCCCUAAUCGUGAAUCCAGAGAGAAAGAGAGAGAAAAACCAGUACCAAAUCUCACUCAAUCACAACCGGACUGAGUCCCUAUGGAAACCGGAGCGGCGGCCGUGGGUCUCGCCGCGGAUGAUCAAUCAUCGUCAUCGUCUUCUUCAUCUCCGGCGGAGGCGUUUUCGCGGUGGACCUCAUCAAUUUCUAGGCGGUACCAGCACUUUCUUGACAAGUCAACGCCGCACGUGCUUCACAGGUGGCUGGGGUGCUUGGGUGUGGCGUUGAUCUACGCUCUUCGUGUUUAUCUGGUCGAAGGUUUCUACAUCGUAUCGUACGGACUAGGGAUCUACAUUCUCAACCUUCUCAUCGGAUUUCUCUCUCCUCAGGUUGAUCCUGAGAUGCACGACUCCACCGAUGGUCCUUCACUCCCUACCAGGGGAUCUGAUGAGUUUCGCCCCUUCGUCCGUCGACUCCCGGAGUUCAAGUUCUGGUACUCUAUUACAAAGGCGUUUUGCAUUGCUUUUGUGAUGACAUUCUUCAGUGCCUUUGAUGUACCUGUAUUCUGGCCAAUACUUCUUUUCUACUGGAUGGUAUUAUUUGUUAUGACUAUGAGGAGACAGAUUUCCCACAUGAUCAAAUACAAAUACGUCCCAUUCUCUUUCGGAAAACAGCGAUAUGAUGGAAGAAGAUCAUCUUCAACUGAAGGCGCAACAGACUGAACAUUUUCAGGAUGAUGAAGUGGUUGGGCUCAAGUCCUUUUCUUCUUUUACUUCUGGUAUUAUGGGAAGUCCAUUUGUAUAGGAGAGAGAAAGAAAAAUGCCCACUGAUUUUGCUUAAUAAUAACAAUAAUUAAAUCCAGUAGUGACAUUACAUAUCUACUUCUUCUUUUUUCAGUCUUUUUUACAGUUUGAAAUGCCAGUCAUAGCUGUGCAUUUUAAAACCACCUUAUAGUAGCUUUAUUGUACUAUUGAUUCCUUUUCAAACUGAAUCUGGGCUUAAUGUAACCUUUCUUUUUGGAUACUUUUGCUUAAACUCAUUUUCUUUUGAUGAUCA